GUGGGCGCAGCUGCCUAUGCUGGAAGUGAAGCCUCGUCUCCUCCUCCUCCUCCUCCUUGUCUUCACCUUCCCACACUCUUCCAGAUCUGACGGACCCCCAAGCCUAGAUGAGCUCGAGCGAAAGUGUCAGACGCUAAGAGCGGAGCUUGAGGCGGUUGAGCGCCUCAAGACGUCUGUCAGGCAUGAGGACUCGGCAAGAUGCGGGCGGGAAGAGCAUGCGAGCAUCUUUGAGGGACACGAGUAUUACCCGGUGAUGCCCUACCGCGAGCGAGGAUACUUCGUGCGAGACUUCACUGGAGGAGAAACAUCGACAACAAUGUUGUUGAGGGUCAGGCGAUGGAUCGGCCAGAUGUUUCCUGUCUUACAAGGAAAGAUGGACAUUGGAAGGUACAACGAGAUGAGGCCAGCCAUGUACGAGAGGCUGCUUCAGUCUGUCGAUAGAGUUCAAGGUUUCGACGGCUUGCGCAACAUUCACGUGGGCAUCGACAUCGGCGCUGCUGUUGGCACCCCCAUCCGCAGCUUUUUUGACGGGCGUGUGUACAAGUUCGGCUUCAACCCUUCGCCGGGAGACUAUGGGCAUGUGAUUGUCACUGAGCACAAUAUAAACGGCCAUCGGGUUUGGGCCCUCUACGGUCAUCUAUCUGCCAAGAGCAUGAGUCGCCUGUACGAGGG